CUCGGUUUCCAAGAUGCGAUCCCCACAUGGCGCACGUCUGACCUCGCGAUCGUGCCUACAAAUGUGGCACAUCUGCCGGCUCGAUCCCGAUCGGCCAGAUGAUGAAACCGAUCGCGUGCAAUCUGAAGAUCCGCGACAGGCUCGCCUGCAAAUUCCAGCGGCUUCUCGCAGGCCUCUCUACUUGCUCAACCGAUGGAUGCCGGAGCCAACGAAGACGACGACCCCAAAAGACGAAGCAGCGUCGGUUCCCGUGACCGGAAAAAGGAAAAAGAAAAGCGUUGAGGAAACGUGGUUUCCAUGAACUCGCUGCUAUCUCCCAGCUGGUUCAACCGACGAGCCCCGGCGAAUUAUAAAACCCACCCCCUUUCAAAUCGUGGAUUCUUCUCCACGGCCACUACCCGCCUGCCUCGCUGUUCUUGGCGAUUAACAAAUCGGAUUGUUAAUUCCGGCCUGGUUUUCUAUUCAUAACUAGUCGCCCCCUGCCUGCCAUUGUACUUCUCCUGCUUCAAAAGCCGAUGAAAUCGCCAUGCAUUUAUGGGGUGCCAGGGUAGCGGCUCUCGGUUUUGUAUGGUUGUAAAGCUGCCGAUCUUGUCCGUGGAGUGGGUGGAGGCGGAGCUGCGGGUGCUUCGUCGGCGGAGAUGAAGCCGGCGGCGAGGAGCAAGAAGGGCAGGGGGGUCUUCUGCAACCUCCCGCUGCUGCUCCUCAUCGGGGCCAUCCAGUUCUUGGUCAUCUACUCCCCCGCCAUUGAUCGGUACAUGGUCAUGAUCACAAAAGGCAAGCCUGGGUUCCCAUCGCUGCUGCUGGACGGCAGGAGAGGAUUCAAAUUGGUGGAGGAGGAGUUCGUGCCGGAGCCCCGCGUGGCGUGCGACUUCGCGGACCCGAGGUCGGACGUGUGCGAGCUGGAGGGCGCCAUCCGCAUCCGCGGGAGCACGUCGGAGGUGUUCGUGGUGGCCCCGGGCGGCGCCGGCGCGGCGAACGUGACGGGGCUCCGCGCGGGCAUGAACGCCACGAGCUGGACAAUCCAGCCGUACACGCGCAAGGGCGAGGCCCGGGUGAUGCGCGGCAUCACGGAGCUGAAGGUGCGGGUGGUGGCCGCCGGCGAGGCGCCGCCGUGCACGGUGCGGCACGACGUCCCGGCGGUGGUGUACUCCAACGGCGGGUACUGCGGCAACUACUACCACGACUUCAACGACAACAUCAUCCCGCUGUUCAUCACGUCGCGGCACCUGGGCGGCGAGGUGCAGCUGCUGGUGGCGCAGAAGCAGCGGUGGUGGUUCCACAAGUACCGGGAGAUUGUGGACGGGCUGACCAACUACGAGGCGGUGGACCUGGGCGGAGACGGCGGCGAGGUGCGGUGCUUCCAGCGCGCCACCCUGGGGUUGCGCAGCCACAAGGACCUGAGCAUCGACCCGCGCCGCGCGCCGCGCAACCUGUCCAUGGUGGACUUCAAGCGCUUCCUGAUGUGGCGGUACGCGCUGCCGCGGGAGCACGCGAUCCGGACGGAGGACGAGGAGCCCGGGGGGGCGGCGAGGCCGCGGCUGCUGAUCAUCGCCCGGCGGUCGCGGCGGCGGUUCGUGAACCUGCCGGAGAUCGUGGCGCUGGCGGAGGAGGUCGGAUUCGACGUGACGACGUCGGACGUGAUGUCGCCGCCGCCGUCCAAGAAGACUGCUACAGGGGCGGGGGCAGGGACAAGAGCAGGAACAGCGGCGGCGGCGGGCGACGAGGGGCACGCGCGCAUGGCGGACGCGUCGGCGCUGGUGAACUCGUUCGACGCGAUGCUGGCGGUGCACGGGUCCGGGCUGACGAACCUGGUGUUCCUGCCGAUGAACGCGGUGGUGGUGCAGGUGGUGCCGCUCGGUCGGAUGGAGGGUCUCGCCAUGGACGAGUACGGGGUGCCGCCGCGGGACAUGAACAUGCGGUACCUGCAGUACAACAUCACGGCGGAGGAGAGCACGCUGUCGGAGGCGUUCCCGCGGAUGCACCCGGUGUUCCUGGACCCCAUGCCCAUCCACAAGCAGAGCUGGUCGCUCGUCAAGGAUAUCUAUCUCGGGCAGCAGGACGUGAGGCUCAACCUCCGCCGCUUCAGGCCCGUCCUCGAGAAGGCCAUCCGCCUGCUCCGGUGACGGCGACCGGCCACCGGCGAGAGGGCCUUAACUGACUGAUUGAUUGCUCGCCCCGGCCCCGGCGGCGGCGGCGGCUCUCCGUGCGAGGUGUGACUACAGGAACAGGAAGAUACAGUGAUCGACACCGUGUUUCUUUUCUUUUUUCUCCUCGAAUUUCAUCACACGACAUGUAAAAUUUCAGGUGCUGUACAAUCGGUUAGUAGAGAGUCCUCGUUGCUGCUCAAAGCGGCGACGGUUUUGAAUGA